AUGCUGACUGUUUUUAGAUAUUUGACUAGAUAUCACCCGAAGCUUCGAAAGAAUUUAUUUAGAAUGCAAAAUUCAGAUAAUUCACUUAUUACUACUGAAAAUGAAUCAACUUCAAGUUUAAGUGAAUUCGAUAUUCAAUUACAACAAGAUAUCAGACGUGCUAAAGAAGUUCAAAAAGUCAAAAACAAGAACAAAACCUUGAAAAAGAAGAAGACUUCUAAAGAAUUACGCGAUAAAGUUGGGUUUCGAGUAAGAGUAGUAGAUACAUCGAAUAGACAAAAACAAGCAGACCCUGAUUAUGAAGUUACAAUCAAUGGACCUUUAAGAAAAAUUGAACCAUAUUAUUUCACUUAUAAAACGUUUUGCAAAUUAAGAUGGAGGGAUCGUAAGCUAGUUGACGUCUUCACCGAAGAAUUUAGAGAUCGCGAAGAAAAUUACUAUAGAAAGACAAUUGCGGCCGGGUCUGUCAAUCUAAAUGGCGUUCCUGCUAAUCUAGAUAGUGUAAUUAGGAACGGUGAUAUGAUUACACAUGCUCUACAUCGCCAUGAGCCAGCUGUCACUUCAAGAUCUAUUAAAACUAUUUAUGAAGAUGAUGACAUCCUAGUUAUUGAUAAGCCAAGUGGCAUUCCUGUUCACCCUACAGGGAGAUUUAGAUUUAACACAAUUACUAAGAUAUUAGAAAAACAACUAGGUUAUAUCGUUCACCCUUGCAAUAGAUUGGAUAGAUUAACAAGUGGAUUAAUGUUUUUAGCUAAAACACCAAAAGGUGCUGAUGAAGUGGGAGAUCAAUUAAAAACAAGAGAAGUAUCAAAGGAGUAUAUUGCCCGAGUAGUUGGUGAAUUUCCAAUUGGACAAACAGUUGUUGAAAUGCCAGUUCGGUCUGUUCAACCAAAGGUUUCAUUGAAUGCGGUUUGUUCAAUGCAAGACGAAAAUGCAAAACAUGCCAAGACUAUCUUUACUAGAAUUAGUUAUGAUGGCCAAACAAGCAUUGUUAAAUGUAAACCAUUAACUGGUAGAACACAUCAGAUCAGAGUUCAUCUGCAAUAUCUAGGACAUCCAAUAGCUAAUGAUCCACUUUAUUCAAACGUAGAUAUUUGGGGUGAACAGUUAGGCAAAGGUGGCAAAGCUGAUUUUGAUAGUAUCAUCAACAAACUAGAUGCAAUCGGUAAGACUGAAUCCGCUAAGAGUUGGAUUCAUCCAAAUUCUGAAGGUGAGAAAUUAAUCGAUGAGAGGUGUUCCGUUUGCGAUGUUGGUCUAUAUUCUGAUCCAGGCCCAAAUGACUUAGAUUUAUGGUUACAUGCUUAUCGCUAUGAAUCAACUGAAAUCGAUGAAACUACUGGGUCCAAGAAGUGGAGUUACUGUACUGAAUUUCCUGAAUGGGCGAUCGACCCUCAUCGAAAAUAUAUGGAACUAGCUAUAGAACAGGCCAAGAAGUGUGGUCCAACUACUACUGCAUUCAGCGUUGGUGCGCUUAUUGUCAAUGGAACUGAUGUUAUUUCAUGUGGGUACUCUAGAGAACUUGAAGGAAAUACGCAUGCUGAACAAUGUGCACUUGAAAAGUAUUUUGCCAAAGUUGGCAAACGAAAGGUCCCUCCCGGCUCAGUUUUGUACACAACUAUGGAGCCAUGCUCCUUUAGACUAAGUGGUAACGAUCCAUGCACGCAAAGAAUUCUAGACCAAGAAGGCUCAAUUGGUUCCGUGUUUGUAGGCGUCCUUGAACCCGAUACAUUUGUGAAGAAUAAUACUAGUAAAGCCAGUUUGGAAUCUCAAGGGAUCAAUUACAUUCAUAUUCCAGGCUACGAAGAAGAAGUAACUUUGCUUUCAUUCAAAGGUCAUGAAGAAGAUAUGCAAAAAUAA